GUAAGGGGAAGGAGGACAGCGUGGGCUUGCUGAAGUUCGACCCGCUGGUGAUGACCUGGAGAUCCUGGCAGUUCCGUUACAGGAACUAAGUAAAGCUCCGAAAGGUCACCGAUAGCGAUGAACAGAAGGCCUUGCUCCUAGAUUCCCUGGACAUCGACGCAUUGGAGAUGCUACACGCAAUGUGCUUGCCGAAAGAUCCUGAUGACUAUACGACGGCCCAGAUAGUCGACAAACUGGAGCACGCGUACGUGAAAAAGACACUCAAGGACACUGAGUGGGCGAAUUACUUCUCACUAAAGCAGGAGUCUGGAGAAUCACUGCUAGAAUUCUCCAACAGACUCCGGAAGAAGGCCUUCAAUUGCGCAUUCCCCGCGGAUGUUCUCGAAGGGAACAUGAAGGCGACCUUCCUGAAUGGCUUGGAGAACGAUGCCACUCGGAUGCACCUGUCGUCGAAGGAGUACUCGACGCUGGAGAAGGCGUUGGAAUUUGCGGAGCAGUACGAGAUUUCCCGCAGCAGCCGCCGGAACCAGAACGCCGCAGAUGUAGUCGCCAAGGUCAAUGGGGGAGAAGGGCGUGGCCGUCCCACCACACAGAACCACAGGCGCGGUGAAGCAUCAUGGCGCAGCGGCCGGAGUAGGGAAAGAGGCGGACAGGAGGGCGUUUCAGACGCGCGCGAUAGUGGUGGCACACGGAGGAAGUCUGCCGAUGGUGGGCGUGGCUGUUACGGCUGCGGUGACCAGGACCAUAUGCGUGCGGACUGUUGGGCUAAAGAUGUCAAGUGUCGCAACUGCGGUAAGCGCGGACACAUCGCGAAAGUGUGUCGCGCUGAACCCAGGGAACGGCAGGAGGCAGGAAGAAAAACUCUGUUGGUUGAAGACGAAUUCGACGUCAUGGGCAUACAGGUGGCCGAAGAAUAUGACGUGCUGCCGACGUUCUCACCCAGGCGUACAGCAAAGCACUGGAGGCAGGAGCGACAGAGAAGCCAGUUAGCCAGAAAUGACCUGGCCUGCCUUCGCGAUAUGUACCGGACACUGCAAGAUGUCCAGUGCCAGUUACUUGAGCUGGCCGACGUGGUUACGGACCUGAAAUGUCCUAAAGAGAAUCCCGAUUCGGUUACGCCCGCGGCCGCGCCGGAUGAACGGGGAGAAUCCGAUAAGCUGACAUCGCAUGAGAAAUCAGCGAACUCGCAUGGAGCUGGAUCACAAGACAGCGAGGCAGACGACACAACGACAGUGUGUUUGGCCGAAGACAGCAAAGUAGUGGACGGUGCUGAGGAAGCGACCGAGCGUUUGUGUACGACCGAAAAUGCGGAACCGGAAACGUGUUUUACCAGUGAUGGCGUAUCACGAGUAAGUGUUCGGAAGAAGAAGAAGAAGAAGCGCAAGCGCAGCAAGCUGAAUGGAAAUGCUGAGGAUACCGGAAGCAUUAUGCUGAAUUGAUAUUACGUACUAUAAUGGAAUUGGAAUUCUUACUUAAAUAAUUGGCUUGAUAAUUUCUUUAGUGAGUGAUGAAUGGUUUCACCACUGGGGAAGGUGUAAUGGAGUCAUACAAUGUCUUGGCAACGGCAACGGUAUCUGCGAAUACCAGCUGCAGAAUGUCAGUCGAGUUGUGUACGAGCAGCAAUAAACA